CUUGCAAACAUCACACUAUCAAGUUUACCCAUUUGCCUCAUGUAACCAUACACCCCCCCUCCACACACACACCUUAAUUCAUAAUUUUUGCAAAAAAAAAAAGAAGAAAAAACUCAAAAAGUAACCAAUGCAUAACAAAAAUACCACUCCUAAUUCAACCCCUCACCCCUACCAUACUCUAUCUCACGUUUUUCUCCUUUUCCCGUCCGUAGCAGAAUAGCACCUCACAGCAACAAUACACACUCUCACAGUAACACACACGAUAUACUCGCACAGCUACGUACAUAGAGGGGGAGGGAGAGAACACAACAACAGCAUAUACAGAGAGUAGAGCAAAACAGACACACAUACACGGAAACAGUGGAGAAGAGAGGAGGAGGAGGAGGAGAAAGAUGUUGAACGAAAGAGAUAGAGAGAAAGGGAGGUAACAGAGAAACCGGCGAGAGAAAACAGAGUGGUUGAACGGAAAAACACCACCCACAAACCACCCGUCACCUUGCCGUAUUUCAGUCGAGAAAACAGUCUCGAUAUCGUCGUCGGCGUUCCGAUUUUUUGUUAGAUUUGGACAUCGUUGUUUCGGUUUGCUAGAAUUUCUUGCGGGUUUCAGUUUCAAAUCAGCUUGGCUGAAAUUUCUGUGGGAAUUUGAUAUCUGAGGUCGGGGUUGUUACUGAAGUUUCGAAUCGAGGUUCUCGGCGUGGACUGAACCUUGCUUAAUUGAGUAAUACUUGAUUGAAAGCGACAUUAAGGUUCAUUCCUCAUCUCAUUCUUCACUAAUCUUUUAAGUUUUUUGAUAUUUUGUGUGGUGGAUUCAUGAUGUGUGGACCUUGCUUCAUGUGAUCUUGUUAUGUUCAGGUAAUGGUUGUUGAUAUUGAUUGAUUAGUCCACUUGAAUUGAGUAAUUAAAUGAUUUGAACUCAAUUGAAGUAAAUCUUAAUUCGGGGAUGGAUUGAAAAUUGUCAAUAAAUAAAUAUAUUGGAUUUGCAUUGAUUCAUUGGUUGUUGAUGGUUGAUUCGGAAUAGACGUUAAUUUUGUUAAAACUCGAUAUUAUGCAAAUGGUAGGUUGGGUAGGCAAAUUAUAGAAAUAGAUGAUUGUUGAGUGAUAGUGUUUGAGAUUGUUUUGUUUUAUCACACGAAAUUGAAAAUGUAUUUAUUUUAUCGGGGAUGCCCCCGGAUAAAUUAUACUUAUUCACCGCGGAAUGACCCGAAGUAUCAUGCAUGCGGAGGAUGUUCGUGAUCAAGGCUCGAGGCGUCGGGUAGAGCAUAGUUUAGGAUUUGAGAUGGAGGUUGUAGUUAAAAAGUAUCAGCAGAGAUUCAGGAAGGUAAAGGAAGAGAGGGAAAAUUGGAAUGAGCUACAAUCUCGAUUGAUUUCUCAGUUCACCAAUGCUUCUUCCAUCAUUCAGAGGUUACAGGUUCUUACCCAGUUUUUUUGUCACGUUCCAGAGGCUGCUUCUAACAGUAGAGGGCUUUUCAUAUUGCUUUUUCACCCCCUCAUAAAGGAGUGUAUUUUUAUGCAGAUUCUUCAGGAUUCCAAGAAUUAUGGCGCCUUGCAAUGUGUUGAAGGCAUUCAAGAAGCUGUCUUGCUUAAACAAAUGAAUUCUCUACAAACAAUCUUGUUUUCAAUGAAUGAAACUAUGGAAAAAUUUCAUUCUGUUGUAUUGUCCCUUGAGAAGUUGGUUCGUGAUGGUAGACAGCUCAUAAAAGGGGGAUCCGUUCAGAUUACUGUGAAACAGCUGCAACAGCGCAUUGGGAUAAAACCAUGCAUCGCUGAUUGCUUGGAUGGAUUAAACCUUCUUUCUGAGAUGCACCAAUCAGAGUACCGUCUGAAAUUAUCAGUCAUAUCAGCACUUUCAGCAGUUGCCUUAAAACACAGUGGAAGUGAUGAUUUAGGUGCGCUUCAACAACUAUUGGUUGAUCAGCCUAACAUCCCCAAAGAGGAAGUACAAUUCAUUUUUGAUAUCAUAUUUGCUGAAGAGAUGGCUUGAUGUCUUCUAGCCAUGGAUCCUUGGACUCAUUUAUGGAGCCAAAAAUUCAAACAAGGGAAUUCAAAAAGCUUUCAUCACAAAAGCAUCAUUGAAGUUUUGGUGUUUGAGUGAUGGUGAUUUGGAGUUUACAAAGGCGAUCUACUUGACAUUAGUGAUAAGCUCGUCACACUUGGUUGUGCAUGGGAUCAUUAAAGUAUUGAAUUUGGAACAAGGUAGAGCUUUCAAUGUUAGCAGUGCAGAAGAUAUUCUCAAGUCCCUUUAGAGAUUUAUUUGUCUUUUUUAUUUUCUUUUCUUGUUUCUUUCAUUUUGAGGAAAUGUUGAUGAUUAUCAUGAGGCUAAAAUCUUGGUUUCAAGUGAUUCAUUUUGACAAUUUACGAAAGGAGAUGACCGGAAAGCUAUUUAGUCUUAGAAAUUUCUCUUUUCGAAGAUUAUUCUGUUUGAAAAAUUUUAUUGAGUUUGUCCGUUAAAUUACAUCAAUUCUGGCCAAUUCACUUGGUAAAAAGAACACCAUCAUUGAACUGAAUCAACCUGCAAGUAAAGAUAACUUUGCACAAUUUCUACAGAAUGAUUUUGAAAUUUUAAGCAAUGGCAGUACUUCUGCAAAUUUACAUUCAUAUAAUCUUCAUUUUCACUUUAAUAUAGACUUAUUUUGCACAGCUCAGGAUCGAAUACGUGACUCAAGUCACAAGUCCCUCGUACUAUGUCAUAGCCUGGGGGAGAAAUUUUUUGUGUUUUUUUCAGGUACGUUGAUAUACAUGCAUAUUUGAGCCGAGGGUCUUUCUGUUUUAGGUAGUGGUAAGGUCUGUCACUUGUGGAAUUUUACUGGGUAUGUUAUAGUUGUUUGAUAUAGAUCCAUAUAUGAUACGACAUGUUUGUAUUGUUUUGUGCAUUGGUAUCUGACCAUUUCACUUGUUUGUGUUGGAUGCUACAUCUAGAUUAAAAUCCACAAAUCAACAUGUGUUUGCUAAUGGUGCGUGGAAAGAGUUCCAAAAUUUCAAAGAGGCAUAUGAAAAUGAAAAAAAAUCCAAAAUGGACAAGGUGUCAACGGGACAAAUCAAGACUGGAGCUCCCUGCAGGUCAGAACGUCUCGCCAAGUACAACCAGUCAGCUUUUGAGGAUUGAAGAGGAACUUGAGUCAGACGCCGUUUAUGCUGGAGCAAGCUUCCGUGUACCAGUCGAGCCCUACUAAAUUGAUCUGAUAAUGUGAGAUGUAGUCUCUUUGGCUGUGAAGAGAUUGCCACUCUAAUGAGUUAUCUUAGAUGGUCUGUGACCAACAUUCUGAAUAAUAGCAACUCUUUUAACAGUUUUUUGUUCUGAGGUUUAUAACAGUGCUGAACUGAGAACCAGCUCCUAUACCUAUAUAGCAUGUCUCGUUUCUACUGCGUAAUCAAGAAAUAUAGAUUAUGUUAUUUUCUAA